CGGACUCAUUCUCCCCAGACGCCAAGGAUGGUGGUCAUGGCGCCCCGAACCCUCUUCCUGCUGCUCUCGGGGGCCCUGACCCUGACCGAGACCUGGGCGGGUGAGUGCGGGGUCAGGAGGGAAACGGCCCCUGCGCGGAGGAGGGAGGGGCCGGCCCGGCGGGGGCGCAGGACCCGGCAGCCGCGCAGGGAGGAGGGUCGGGCGUGUCUCAACCCCUCCUCGCCCCCAGGCUCCCACUCCAUGAGGUAUUUCAGCGCCGCCGUGUCCCGGCCCGGCCGCGGGGAGCCCCGCUUCAUCGCCAUGGGCUACGUGGACGACACGCAGUUCGUGCGGUUCGACAGCGACUCGGCGUGUCCGAGGAUGGAGCCGCGGGCGCCGUGGGUGGAGCAGGAGGGGCCGGAGUAUUGGGAAGGGGAGACACGGAACACCAAGGCCCACGCACAGACUGACAGAAUGAACCUGCAGACCCUGCGCGGCUACUACAACCAGAGCGAGGCCAGUUCUCACACCCUCCAGUGGAUGAUUGGCUGCGACCUGGGGUCCGACGGACGCCUCCUCCGCGGGUAUGAACAGUAUGCCUACGAUGGCAAGGAUUACCUCGCCCUGAACGAGGACCUGCGCUCCUGGACCGCAGCGGACACUGCGGCUCAGAUCUCCAAGCGCAAGUGUGAGGCGGCCAAUGUGGCUGAACAAAGGAGAGCCUACCUGGAGGGCACGUGCGUGGAGUGGCUCCACAGAUACCUGGAGAACGGGAAGGAGAUGCUGCAGCGCGCGGACCCCCCCAAGACACACGUGACCCACCACCCUGUCUUUGACUAUGAGGCCACCCUGAGGUGCUGGGCCCUGGGCUUCUACCCUGCAGAGAUCAUACUGACCUGGCAGCGGGAUGGGGAGGACCAGACCCAGGACGUGGAGCUCGUGGAGACCAGGCCUGCAGGGGAUGGAACCUUCCAGAAGUGGGCGGCUGUGGUGGUGCCUUCUGGAGAGGAGCAGAGAUACACGUGCCAUGUGCAGCAUGAGGGGCUGCCGGAGCCCCUCAUGCUGAGAUGGAAGCAGUCUUCCCUGCCCACCAUCCCCAUCAUGGGUAUCGUUGCUGGCCUGGUUGUCCUUGCAGCUGUAGUCACUGGAGCUGCGGUCGCUGCUGUGCUGUGGAGGAAGAAGAGCUCAGAUUGAAAAGGAGGGAGCUACUCUCAGGCUGCAAGCAGUGACAGUGCCCAGGGCUCUAAUGUGUCUCUCACGGCUUGUAAAUGUGA